AAGCUGCUCUUUCCAGGCUCCUCAGCUCCACUGCAGCUAAAAUAUCCCGAAAGGUCUCCUCUCUAUUUCCUGAUUCAAAACCACAUAAUGUUGCCACAGUAAAAACCAAUUGGAGCCAUGACAUCCUCCUCUGAUCCACUUUUAUUUUCUUUCUCUGUCCCUUACUACUAUAAAACCCCUUCAGCUACCCUCCCUCCACCUCGCAUCAUUCCUUACUGCUACUGCUCUCUACUACUUGGUCGGUUGCUACGACCGCUGUUGAUUCUAUGGAAGAUAAUAGAGAGCAAUGGCGAGCGGAGGCGCCAACACACGGCCUCAGGCCACCGGAGGUACCCAAGGACCCCAUGGAGUUCCUGUCGCGGUCCUGGAGCGCCUCCGCGCUCGAGGUGUCUAAGGCCCUAGCGCCUCCGCCGCCGCCGCCGCUGCUCCCUGCGCCGUCAGGGGCGAUUCCCGAGGAGGAGCUCGAAGAGGCGGUGGUGGUCGCCGGAAAUCCCUUCUCCUUCGCGUCGUCUGCCACCACGCAGAUGGUGAUGGAGCGGAUAAUGUCACAGCCGGAAGUGUCUCCUCUGACAUCUGGCCGGCCUUCACACAGCAGCGGCCCUCUGAACGGCGGUGGAUCGCUCUCCGAUAGCCCUCCGGUCUCCCCUUGCGAGAUGGAUAACCUUAAGUACUGCCGGGCCACUAACACGCCCAAGCCCCAGCACUGCAGAGGGUCCAGCAAGACUGUCGGAAGGUGGCUCAAGGACAGAAGGGAGAGGAAAAAAGAGGAGACCAGGGCCCAGAAUGCACAGCUCCAUGCCGCAGUCUCGGUGGCCGGAGUGGCUGCAGCGGUCGCGGCCGUCGCAGCCGCCACCGCCGCCGCCUCAGGCUCCGGCAAAGAUGACCGCGCGGCCCGGGUCGACAUGGUGGUCGCGUCCGCUGCCACCCUCGUGGCCGCACAGUGCGUCGAGGCGGCCGAGUCCAUGGGGGCUGAGCGUGAGCACCUGGCGUCCGUCGUCGAAUCUGCAGUCAGUGUCAGGACUCCCGGAGAUAUCGUCACUCUUACAGCUGCUGCUGCAACUGCACUACGAGGUGCGGCAACGCUGAAGGCAAGGGCGCUCAAGGACGUGUGGAACAUCGCCGCGGUCAUACCUGUGGAGAAGGGAGCAAUGGGGAAUCACAAGAAUCACCACCGCAGCAAACAACUCAAGGAAUUAGACAGCAAGGGUAGCAGCUUCAGCGACGAGUUCGCUCCCGAGGAAGACAACUUCUUGGGCCUAUGCAGUCAAGAAUUCCUUGCCAAGGGGACUGAACUCCUCAAACGCACCCGUAAAGGUGCGCUUCACUGGAAGAUUGUCUCGGUCUACAUAAAUCGCAUGGGUCAGGUGAUGCUCAAGAUGAAGAGCCGGCAUGUUGGUGGGACUAUUACCAAGAAGAAAAAGAGUGUAGUCAUUGAAGUGUGCAAGGAAGUCCAGGCAUGGCCGGGGCGGCACCUGGUGGAAGGCGGCGAGAGGCGGCGCUACUUCGGCCUGAGGACGGCGGAGCAUCGCGUAAUCGAGUUCGAGUGCCGGGGCCGGAGGGAGUACGAGAUGUGGACUCAGGGAGUGGCGCGCCUGCUCAACAUUGUCAAAGAGAGGAAGCACCACAGCUGACUGCGGGCAGGAGCUGCCGGCGCUGCACCACACCUGAAUCUGAGAGCUGGACAACAGCCUCUGCAAUUAAGAAAGAAAUGAUAAUGUAUGUGAGGCUGGUCCGUGUAAAAUGUGGAAGGGAGGAUAAUUAGAUCAAUCAAAAUGGCACUUUUCUACC